AUGCCUACUCCCGAUAUCGAACUCCUCACAGCAGCCACUCCCAACGGCCAGAAGAUCUCCAUCUUCCUCGAAGAACUCGGCAUUUCCUACAAGACCACUUCGAUCGACUUAUCCAAAGACGAACAGAAGUCUUCUUCUUUCCUAAGAGUCAAUCCUAACGGUCGCAUCCCUGCCAUCAUAGACCACACCCGCAACUCCUACCCUGUCUUUGAGUCUGGGGCCAUCUUCCUCUACCUUGCCGAGCACUAUGACAAAGACUUCAGAUUCAGCUUCCAGAAUAGUGAUGAGAAGAUGGAAAUGAUGCAAUGGCUUUUCUUCCAAAACGCUGGCGUGGGCCCGAUGCAAGGACAGGCGAACCAUUUCGUGCGAUAUGCACCCGAGAAGAUCGAGUACGGUGUGAAGCGGUACAAGAACGAAACGAAGCGUCUCUACUCUGUGCUCGAAGCGCGACUUCAAGAUAGAGAUUAUCUAGCAGGCAAAGUUCGGGGCAAGUACAGCAUCGCCGAUAUUACAACAUUUACCUGGGUUCGGUGGGCACCGUGGGCGGGUAUUGAGCUGAAGGAGUUUCCGAAGCUGAAAGAGUGGUGUGAGAGGAUUGAGAAGAGGGAUGCUGUGCAGAAGGGCCUUUUGGUGCCGUCGGGCGAAGAUCAGAUUGAGAGACUAAGGAAGGAUCCGAAUGUACAGGAUCCGUUCAAAGAGUGGGUCCAGAAGGGCCAGAAGGAAGUAGCGGAAAAACAUGGGAACUAA